UCGACUUCCGGUGCCUUAUCGUCUGGGCGCUGGUACCCAGCUGGCACGCCAUAUUGACCGACUGUCAGCAGCAUGCACGUGACAAUGAGUGGUUUGACAUCUUCUGCGUCACUUGGCUUCUGCUAAAGAGGUUUAAGUUUUUUUGACCACCAGUCAUCUCCGUCGAUAAGUUUCAGGAUAUUGAGAAAUCUAUUCCAGAAGACAGAAAACAACAAAACGAUUAACAGUAAGUUCAAGCUUUCGGGUGGUUUCAUGACAGAAAUGUUGGGUAGGUACGGACACGGCUAUGCACACUUGUAUCUCAUAUACUUCUGUUUGACGACCCGCUGAGGACCUGUCACCGCCGUCGUUGCCACCGUUGCGGGCAGAGACCUCGACCAUUGUGCCCGAGGACAUGCUAACUCGCUGGCUGUGCUGCUCUUGCCUUCAGUCCCAGGACCGGCCGAGAUAGGAACCAGAAAACUGCAUCCACUUCUGUGACGGAGAUGUCAUGGAAGUAUCAUGAAGCUUGUUUUUUAGCUACAGACUUAAAUUACAAGAUUUACAAGUGAUUAGGAACGUUUUAUAUUAUCUUUUACAUUUCCCAGCACCAAAUACUGAGCUAACAGCAGAAAGAAAGAAAAAGGGAGAAAAAAAGACAAGAAACCUAGUCUUCUUUUUUCAGUUUCACACACGACAUUAGUGCCAAUGUUUUAACUCGUGUGACGAGCUACACACACACUCUCUCUCUCUCACCUGUGUGGGCCGAGAAGUGAGAACAAGAAGGGACAACAUACAAUAAGCUUUACAUCCGAAGGAGCAAGUUCGGGGUGUUGUGGCCGGGAGGAGCGAUGGACAAAGGAGGCGAAGUCCGGACAUCUUGCCAGCGACAGAUGCUACACUGGUUGCUAUGUUUAUUGACAGCAUUCUCUGGUAUUGGAGUGUGUGUGGAGCAGCCGGCGAGCGCGACAUUAAUUCUUGUCACCGACACCAAGACUUGGAGCGAGGCACAGAUGGUGUGUGAGAUGAUGGGGGGAGAUCUUGCAUCUCCGGAUACCUCCCACAAAACGACCGUAUUCCUCCAUUUUCUACAACUCUGGAAGUCUUCAAGCUGGCCUUUAUUCCUGAGCAGCCCAGUGAUGAUUGGCAUGCACAAUGUGGACGACGCCAAGGCUGACCCCUACUACUGGCCUCGCAACUGCUCGCUGGCCCCCAAGCCAACAUCCUUUUCCUACACCAUCUCUCUGGCUGGCGGCUGCAUAACCGUGACAGGCACCGACUACAGCAGCAGCGACUGCAACACGCAGCAACAGUUCGUGUGCGAGGUCCCCAGAGAUUCCUGCUCCUACGAGACGAAAACGAACACCAGCGUGAGUGUCAGCGUCCCCUACACCCUGGUGAGAGGAAGUAACGUCACGUGGUGCAAGGCUGCUUGUGACGCACAGGGCAUCGACUGCUGGGCCGUCACCCACUCGCCCUCGCUUGAGGAGUGUUACAUGUACAAUGUAACAUCGCCAUUCUUCUUCGAUGACUCAUCCAAACUGAUCAACAACUCACAGUUUAACUGUCACAUCAAACGAUGUUAUGAAGCUUUGAGAAAUACAGACCCGAUGAACUGGAUGCAGUAUGACGCACAGCCAUUGGCCUCACCUUGCAGCUUGAAUCAGAGUGGUAGAGUCUACACUGUGGUCACACUGUCACGCACCGCGGAGCAGGCACGAGCACACUGUCACGCCAUGGGUCACGAACUGGCUGGUCCGGCAGUUGUCAGUGACAGAAAUGUGCUGCAGAGCAUCAUCAACUACCUAUACCAAGACACUUACUUCGUCAACCAGACCUACCCACUGUGGGUGAGCUUUACUGGCGGUCCCUAUGUGACAUCAGUGUGGGGCAACGGCUCCGUGGUCACUGCGUCUGUGACUGUCUUGGGUUCAAACACCUUUCAGUGCGGCCUUCUGGACCUGGAUAGUGGGACACACUACCUGGACGACUGCAGCCGUCCUCACGCCUUCAUCUGCAUGACACACAGACCUUGUAGUUACAUCAGACAGACGAGCGUCUUCAUCAGAGGACUGACGUCCACGUCAUCGUAUGUCACAUCUGAAAGUGCGUGUCGUUCUUCUUGCAACCAGCAGCGUGCCCAUGGCUCUACUUGCUCUGGUUACUGCUUCAAACAGUUUCAGUUUUUUAGCUGCUAUCUUUAUUCAGCAUCUACACCUGAACUUCUCUCCAGCUCGACGUCCGAUCUAGGAUCACAAUUUUAUUGGUGGACUUGCGCAUACGUCAUUUUGCAGGAAAAUGACUUAGUAGCCCCAACAACGACAACGACAACGACAACGACACCGGAGCCGGGAACAACGCCGCUGCAUACAAAGGAUACAACGACCACGUCAUCAAAACCGUCAUUUCUGACAACAGAGGUAGCGUCAAUGCCGGCAACAUCAGUGGCAGACACAACAUACAGUCACACAGUGGGCCGUACGACAGCGACUCCAACAAUAUCAACAACGCAGAAGACACCGGUGAUGGAGACUACAUCGACAACUACAUCUAAAAAAGUGACAACAGAAAUAAGGGCUGUACAGAUAACAACGGCAACGACAAAUGACACCUCGGCCACAAAUGCAUCAAACCAGAGUCCCACUGGCACGUCUGCAUCGCCAGUGCAACUAUCACAAGAAACAACAUCUACACAGACGGCGGGCUAUACAACAGCGACAUCAACAACAUUACAAAAAACAACGUUUAAUCAGUCGGCAGGCCAUAUAGCAACGACUCCAACAGCAGCAACAUCACUAACAACGCAAAAAACACAGGAAACAAUAUCGACGCCCACAUCGACAGCGGUAACGACAGAAACGACAACAGGACUGAUAGCAUCAGCAACGACAGCUGUAGCCUCGGCCUCAUUUGUGUCUCAGUCAAGCCUCGGCGACACGUCAUCGGAAGCCACCCAGACAGUGACCUCCGACCUUCUCCCAGAGACGGAGGUGAACGUGACCAGCAUCAACACCACCAUUGCAAAGCCGUGGAUGUGUUCCUGUCGCUGCAGCUCGCGGUCUGUCCUCAUCCCUGACGCAGAAGCCAUCUCGCAAAGCCUCGCGGUACAGAGGAACGCGACGUGUAAAUCGCGCCGCCGCUACGUCAGCGUGGACGACAACCGCCCGUCGUGCAGAAGUAUAGGAGCAGUGGCAAUAGUGUUUAUGUGUUUCGUUGCCGCCGUCAUCGUCUCCAGCGACUGCUUGGCCAGGUCAAAGUAGCUCCAGUCCUUCCUUCCCUUGUUUCCGUCCUCGUCACGUGAUCUAUCCAUCCUUAUGGACGAUUUUGCAUCUUCCUGUUUUAUCUUGGAUUGUUAAAAUUGCUUAUAAUUGAUUCAUCUAAUUUUAUUGAGACUAGUUAAUAAGAUACACAACCUUCAGGACUACAAACAGCAUCUUUCAAUAAUCUUUUAAAGCCUCUGCUUUUAAGCAAAGCAUUUGUGCUGAUUUAUUCAUUCACUUUUAUGUACAACUUCAUGUAUAAAUAUUUUAUUGGCUACUUCAUUGGGUUUUUUUUUUUCUUUCCACUUAUGGCAUUAUUUUUCAACCAAACCCUCACUUUGUUUUAUUACUUGUACAGGUAUUUAUAGAAGCAUGAGACAUGCAAAUUUAUUUUUUCUUGUAAGUUUUACGAUACUUACUGCUAAUUUCACAACAAUACCUUAACCAAGAAGUUGUUUUGAGGUAUAUGUGGCCUUAAAUUUACACGAAGACUUUGUUUAAUAUUUCUGAAUGCUUUAAAUGUUUGUCAAAUUUGUGUAAUUUAUUUAAAACAAUAAACAUGGG